ACUCUGUCUGAAAGGUUGCUGUUCUGGUUGAGUGAGGGUCACGUGUGUGCCGUCAUGUCUGGUGACAAUAGACUCACUCUCUCCCUCCCUCCUCCUCCCGCCCCGUGCCAUUAUAAGGGAUUUGCGGAGAGCUGGGGUGUUACGUGGGACUGAGGUUGCGGGGACAGUGUGAUGGUGGCAAUAAAGGCGGGGAUGUGGCAUAACCUAGGGUAGCGAUAGGGCUUGGGGAGCCAUAGAUAAGGAUGGGGCAAAACCCUGCGUAGUAAAGGCCGACGUAGAGUGUGACCUCAGUGGAGGUGGGCGGGGAGAAGGAGGAUGGCGAGUGGCAAGUGUGGAGGCAACGCCUUUGGGGCCAGGAGCUGCCUGGUUUUAGGUUUCCCGGGGGAGGAGCUGGUCUGCAGCGGGCGGAGCUACGAGCUGGGCCCGGCUUAGUCUUUGCGCUUCUGCUGGUGGCUCUCUUUCUUUAGUCGCCCACACUGUGGCUGCCGUCCCGAGCCAUGGGUUGCCGGGCUCUCCUGCUCCUGUCUUUCCUAUCACUCGGGGCCGCCACAACCAUCCCGCCUAGGAUAAAGAUCCUCGGCAGCCCGCAUUUGUCAGCCAGUCCCACACCCGACCCUGCUGUAGCCCGUAAAUACUCAGUUCUUUACUUCCAACAGAAGGUUGACCACUUUGGGUUUGCUGACAUGAGAACUUUUAAACAGCGGUACCUAGUCGCUGAUAAACACUGGCGGAGAAAUGGUGGAUCAAUACUUUUCUACACUGGUAAUGAAGGGGACAUUGUCUGGUUUUGCAAUAAUACGGGGUUCAUGUGGGACGUGGCUGAGGAGCUGAAAGCUAUGCUGGUGUUCGCGGAGCAUCGAUACUAUGGGGAGUCCCUUCCCUUUGGUCAGGACUCCUUCAAGGAUUCCCAACACUUGAAUUUCCUGACAUCAGAACAGGCUCUGGCUGAUUUUGCAGAGUUAAUCAGACACUUGAAAAAAACAAUCCCAGGAGCUCGAGGUCAACCUGUCAUCGCCAUCGGGGGCUCUUAUGGUGGCAUGCUUGCAGCCUGGUUCAGGAUGAAGUAUCCUCACAUAGUAGUUGGAGCUCUUGCAGCUUCUGCCCCUAUCUGGCAGCUUGAUGGCAUGGUUCCCUGUGGUGAAUUUAUGAAGAUUGUAACUAAAGAUUUCAGGAAAAGUGGUCCUUAUUGUUCAGAAAGUAUCCGCAAAUCCUGGAAUGUCAUUGACAAACUCUCGGGUUCAGGCAGUGGUCUCCAGUUGCUCACGAACACUCUUCACCUAUGUAGUCCCUUGACUUCUGAGAAAGUCCCAGCUUUAAAAGGAUGGAUAGCUGAGACCUGGGUGAACCUGGCCAUGGUGAACUACCCUUAUGCAUGCAACUUCUUGCAGCCUUUGCCUGCUUGGCCCAUCAAGGAGGUGUGCCAAUAUUUGAAAAAUCCUAAUGUAUCGGAUACAGUGCUGCUGCAGAAUAUUUUCCAAGCUCUGAGUGUAUAUUAUAACUACUCAGGCCAAGCAGCAUGCCUGAAUAUUUCACAAACGACUACGAGCAGUCUGGGCUCCAUCGGCUGGAGCUUUCAGGCCUGCACAGAAAUGGUCAUGCCCUUUUGUACUAAUGGUAUUGAUGACAUGUUUGAACCCUUUCUGUGGGACUUGGAGAAGUAUUCCAAUGACUGUUUUAACCAGUGGGGAGUGAAACCACGGCCUCAUUGGAUGACUACCAUGUACGGUGGCAAAAACAUCAGUUCACACUCAAACAUCAUUUUCAGCAAUGGUGAGUUAGACCCGUGGUCAGGAGGUGGAGUAACCAGAGACAUCACAGACACCCUGGUGGCUAUCAACAUCCCUGACGGGGCCCAUCAUUUAGAUCUUCGAGCCCACAAUGCCUUCGAUCCUUCCUCUGUGCUGUUAUCUCGAUUAUUGGAAGUUAAACACAUGAAGAAAUGGAUUUUAGAUUUCUAUAGCAAUAUCAAAUGAACAAUUUUUAAAAAUUAAUUUUUUUGUUUUCUUUUAUGUUCCCUCCACCCACAUACCCAUUCACUUUUAUGUAAUUCACUUCUAUGUAAUUACUUUCUCUCAUUUGUCAUUAUAUUUGUUGGGCCAAGGCCAAGACACAAGAGAGUGACCGUGGUGGGUACAGACAUCCCACCCAGGUGACUGCUCUGGCCUCACUGUCUUUAUGUCAUCAUGGCAGCUCACAGGCCAUCAGAACUGGCAUGGCUCCUCACUGCCUUUCACCAGAGGGAGAGCCCCUCUCCCAUCAGCAGGGAGGUCUCCUUGGUUCUGAGGCUGAAGUCUCUCUGGCCCAUUGUAAGUCCCCACUCCUGCCACAAAAGGGAAAGCAGAAGCCGGAUUCAAAACGCUGCAGCUGCAGCUGAUAGAAUGGGGAAUGCCAGUCCAGGAAACCGGGCUGCUUCCUGUGAGCUCACUCAGUGAGUGACUCUGAACUGGGCUGCCAUAAAGAAGGCAGAGACCUACCUGUGUGUUGCUUCUGUCUCCCUCCAGCUGUUGGGAGGUCAGUGUGCCUGGGCUGGCUGCUUUUGGAAAGUCCUUUCUUUAUUUCUUUCCCACUUGGCAGCUCUCCUUAGUUCUGGGACAUUUGCCACCGUGGUACUGCCAGGAAGGAAUCUGGCCUUGUCCUGCUCUCUUUGGUUCCAAGGUCAAUUUUAUGGUGGUCUGGCUACAAUCUGCCAAUUUAGGAAAAGUGCUGUUUUUUGUUGUUGUUGUUGUUUUUUACUUUAAAACUGAACAAAUUCUGUUAAUAAAAAUUCUUUAAAAUUUGACAAAUCAUCUAUUGAAAAA